UGCUACAGUUAAUUUAUCAUCAAUGAUUUGGAUAAAAGCAACACGCGUGGGUUCGGAUACUACGCUUUCACGUAUUAUUGAAUUAGUUCAAGAAGCUCAAUCAAGUAAAAAAGCGCCAAUUGAAGCACUAGCCGAUAGAAUUGCACAAAUUUUCGUUCCAGUUGUUAUAAUUAUAGCAAUCAUUGAUUUCAUUAUAUGGAUAUCUCUUGGUUCCGCCGGAAAGAUUCCAAGUGAUUGGAUACCAGAUAAUCAAAGUUAUCAAAUAUUUUCAUUAUUUUUCGCAAUAUCAGUAGUGGUUAUUGCAUGCCCUUGUUCUAUGGGCUUAGCUUCUCCUACCGCCAUCAUGGUUGGAACUGGUCUUGCUGCUCGAUUUGGUAUUUUAAUUAAAGGUGGUGGUGAAGCUAUUGAAAUGGCUUUUAGACUUAAUACCAUCGCAUUCGAUAAAACUGGAACGUUAACUUAUGGAAAACCAAAGGUCGUUGAAACAAAAAUUUUAUAUGAGGAAACAAAAGAAGCACGUGAAAAGUUGUUAUUGCAGAUCAUUGGAGUGGUUGAAUCUUCAAGUGAUCAUCCAUUGGCUAAAGCGGUUAGUCAAUAUAUUUCUGAACAAAGUUCAUCAGAAAUUGUGGAUUCAGAGAAAACGACUACAUCAAGUAAUGUCACAUUGGAAAGCGUAACUGAAACUCCCGGUAGAGGUCUUCAAGCCAUU